AUGGGUUGUUGUUCGAGCAGCAUGAAAAUCAAAGAGCUGACAGCCAGGCCAGAGCUGGAUGGCAGCAUCUACUUGGCGGCAGGCAACGGCAAUGGUGGCAGUGGCAAGCGGCUGUACAGCAGUCGCAACAGCAGCGGCAUGGGCAGCAGCAGCAGCUCCUGCAGCAACAGCAGCAAUCGUAGCAUCUGGAGCCGCUCCAGGGCCAUCUGCGAUGACUUCUCCGAGCAGCCACAGCAGCAGCAGCAAGGGUCAGAGCAGGAGCAGGAGCUGGAGCUGGAGCGCUCCUGUGGCUACUACACAUGCAGCAGCUCGGCCUCAACGCCCACAAAGCAGCAGCAGCGCCAACUGAUGCGCACCCAGGACAUGGGCAACAGUUCCCAGGAGUCCACUGAAUCCACACCGAUGGUCAGCAAUCUCGAGUGGGAGAUGUACAUGAUGCAGCAGGCGCAGCGCAUUAUGCCAAAGACCUCGUCGCCCAUCAGCCAGCGACGCGCUGCGGCUGGCGGUGACUCCUACAACAAGUGGCGCAACUAUCUGCAGGGCACACCCGCCCACAUGCUGCACAAUGUCAGCCACAUACCGGAGGCCAUUGCCGGCCACUUCUGCCCCACCACCUUUCCGGCCUUUAGCGAUCUAGAGGAAAUGGAGAGUGCGGCCAAGCGCUUCAAGGUGGAUGUGCAAAUCGAGGAGGAGGGGAAGGAGGAGGAAAUGGAGGCAAUGGAGCAGGAGCAGGAGCCACUGUACACCACCUCACAGCUGCUGGCGGGGCAUACGCACACCAUCACCACAGACCUGUAG